AUCAGAUAAAAGUUCAUCCUAUAAAAAUAAAACUGAGAAGUCCUCCAGAUUUUUUUUUAAAGAAAAAAAAAAAGAGAGAGAGUCCCAUUGCCAAUUCUGCCAUUACUUUCCUUUUUUUAAAAAAAAUAUUUAAUCCACUGACCCUGUUGGGGGGUGCUGCAGAAGCAACAGAGUCUUUACUCUUUCAGUCGACCAUCUGAGUUCUGACGACGGAACCGAUUUGUCCCCGGCCUGAUAGAAACCAGAUUGCCCCAUAUUCGCCGGCUGGGAAAGGCCGAACAAAUUACUUCUCCGUCUCCAAACUAACAGGAGGAUACAUCUCACUAGGCUUAGGGUAUUCAUCUCCCCGAUCAAAUUUUCCUGUCCAAUAAUUCAGUGAUCGUCGAUCUUCCUCUUGUUGCCACGCCGUCAUGAAUUGCGAAGUUUGCCAGCUUAAAGAACUGGUAAGCCUUGGACCACCAGAACCUCGCCAGGAAGUGGAGCACAUUGAGGUACGCGAAGUUUUGCGAUGCAUUCUACACACUAUUUUAUUCCACAGAGCUUUAGGUCUCGUGCGGCCAAAGGAUGUUGACUUGGAGCUCUUUGACAUCACUUAUGUACAGUGUGGUGAUGUUGAACAUGAAAAGAAAAUAAAUGAGAAGAUUGACCACUUCAUUGACAGGGUGGAGAAGCACCCCAAUAAGAAAAAUCAGAUAUGUUUGUCUUUCUAUGAAGUUAAGAACAAACAGGCAACAUGGUUUACUAACAAAGUUGAGCGUCACUACUGGGAGCAAUGGUACAUAAAUUUGAAUACAGUACAACAUCCAAAGACACAUUCUGGGAAGUCUCAUCACCCCAAAGUAGUAGUUGAUCCAGGAGAAACUGCCUCAGAGGAGAGGAAUGCUCGUCGGACAGCGCUAGAAUCAUCUCUCCGUGAAGUUUUAUUUCAGAUAAUAAAAUUUGUAAAUGAGAAGAAGGAUCAUGUUCCCCCAAUUCCAAAUCUUGAUGGUGUCUCAUUUCCUUACGAGAUUACUAUCUCAAGCUCUUCGUUAUAUAUAGCUGAAGCAAACCGUGAAGCUGCUAAGUUAUGUGCUGCCUUGUUUAGUUCAUCAGAUUCUGCAUUUGGGAUGGAUAUGUUGAAGAGGAUGCUUCAGACUGGGCAUCCAACCAUGCUCAGCUGAUUAGCAAUGCCUUCAAGCUGGAUGAGCGUAAAAUUUACUUUGUAAGGUGCAAAUGAUUGCUGAUAUCUGAUGGUGUGAAUAUCCAUGUCCUACAGUGGUUUACAUGCCUUCAGAGAAGUGAUUUUUAUGUACUUACCAUUGCCAAUCAACUAGAUAUCCCCUCUUCCAUACUUUUCUUGAAUCAUAUAAUUUGUCUGCCAUUUCUUCUUUUGAGAAUAUGACACCCAGUGCUACAGAACAAUUAUCUGGCAAGAUCCGCGUUGCCUGGUGUGUCUAUAUCUCAGGUUUACCUUAAAGCUGUUGAUUUCAAUACGCCCUUCUUGGGCGCCUAACUAGUAGCUGUUCAUAGUUGUCAGCUUUGUAGUGUUUUAGUUUCUUGUAAACUCGUAAAUAUAUUAUGAAAGUGAUAUCUUCAGUUUGGUGCCAUAUCUACUUCCGGCACUUAUCUCA